AAUGUGCUUUCAUUCUAACUGAAGAAAACAGCAGUGAAAAAGGAGCAGUAGAACCUGUCACCUCUCCCUGUGAUUCUGUUUGAACUACAGUGAAAUGAAAAGCGUAACAAACCAGACUACUUUUCUCUUCCCAGGACGGAAGACUGUGUGGACAGGGUGGGUUCUUCAUGUUCUACAACAAAAUAGAUCUUUUAAAAGGUUACAAUCCCACGCCUCAGAGAUCUCGGCAAUUUUUACUCUUGACUUCAUCAGAAAACCGCCUUGGUAUUUUAAAUGUGUGACACGCCUCCGUUGAGGCAGACGGACUUAUAGUUUUGCUGAAUUGUGAGUCGCUUUCUGCUCUGUCUGUGUUUCUCUGAGUCAACUCCUUCAGCCAUGAACAAGAUCAUCGUUUAUGAACAUUGUAACUUUGAGGGCCUCAGCAGAGAGUUCACUUCUGAUAUCCCGGAUUUAAUUCAACUAAAUUUUAAUGACUGCAUCUCCUCUCUGAAAGUCAUCGGGAAUCCAUGGGUGGGGUACACAGGUGCUAAUUACACUGGUGAACCGACUGUCUAUGAGGAAGGAGAAUAUGCCAGCGUGUACUACAACGAUGAUAUUUCUUCACUACAGCUGGUGACAGAAGACCUGGACAAUCCUCAGAUCACACUGUAUGAAGAGGAGAACUAUCAGGGCCGGAGCCUCGUCCUCGACUGUGAGACCAACUUGCAUUAUGGCAAUUUUAAUGACAAAACAUCAUCUCACACGGUGCAGAGUGGAGCCUGGGUUCUGUAUCAACAUAAACAGAGAGGUGGGUAUAUCCUGGUGGCCAGAGCUGGUCAUGAUGUUCCUAAGUACAACUGGUUUGAUAACCGUCUGAGUCACGUCCGUCCUCUUAAAGCUGGCAAAACCACCAUUAAAGCUGAAUUGGAAUGGGACAAAAAGAAAGAAACUUUAAAAACAGUCAUUAUCGACUCCAUCUCUGGUGUGAAUUAUGGAUCUGAGAAACAAACCUUCACCACUGAUCUGACUCGAGGGUUUUCAGGAUCUGUCACUGAGAGCUUCAAGUUCAGCAAUUCCACCCUGAUUGGUUUAGGAACCAAAUUUGAAUUAUCACUGUUUGGUUUUAAAGGUGAGCGCACCUUAAAUGUCAGUAACACCUUUUUAGUGGAGAAGGGCAGCAGCAACACCAAAACUACAUCUGACAGUAUCAAAGUCUCCAUGCCAGCCAGCAUUCCUCCUCGCACCAAACUAACAGUGAACGUGGUGAGGAAGGAGAUGACUGUUGUGAUCCCCGUCAAGCUGACCAUCACCAAUGGCUUUCACACUAAUGUUGAGUAUGGAGAGUACCAGUGCGAGCAGGGGAACUCUAUUAGCACUGAAUUCAAGGAGGAGACGGUCUAAUACAGCCGUGUUAGAACUACAGACUUAGGAUACCAUCAACCUAAAACUGUGUUUAGAGUUUUUUUUUCUAUACCACGGAACUACACAAAGCAGAAGUGAUCUUUCAUUUAGUAUAAGUAAUGAAUAUACUGUAUGUAUCACUGUAUUAUGAUUCAGUUAAUGUUUUGGUUUAUUAGUAUAUAAUGUGAUGUUACUGCCCUGGUUAUUGAACAUCCAAUAACACAAUGAUUUUUAUUCUAACAUUAAAACUUAAUGAAUAAAUAAAACUCAAACAUUUCUUCAUCUCA